CCCAUUACGCGCGCAGCGAACAAUGGAAGUGCGUCAAACCGGAGGGACACGACGCCGUUCCAACGCCAGUAGCCUAACCGCAUCGCUCGUAUGUCGGCCUCUCCGCAUCCACUCUCUUCUCCGUCCAGAAACCCUACCAAUACCCUAAAGCCUCCAGACCUUCGGUCGUUUUCGAAGAUCCAGAUUCGAUGCGAUCUCAGGGGAUUCGAGGGCUCGCAGAAGUGGACGAUUGACUGUGUCUCCGGAAGCGAUCCGAUUCACAUUAUCCUGAAGCCGCCUCCUUCAUCGUCGAUUCCAAUGGCUUCCGCUGCGGCUUUGGAUUCAAGUUUGAAGAGCGCCAAGAGAGUGUGCCUCUUCUACUGUGCCGAGAUGAAGGAUCUCGCCGAGCGCGUUGCCGCUCAAUCCGAUGCUAUUGAGCUCCGUAACAUCACCUGGAGGACAUUUGAGGAUGGAUUCCCAAACUUGUUCAUAUCAAAUGCUCAUGGAAUUCGGGGACAGCACGUAGCAUUUCUUGCCUCAUUUAGUUCUCCAGGAGUGAUUUUUGAGCAACUCUCUGUUAUCUAUGCAUUACCCAAGCUAUUUGUCUCCUCUUUCACUCUUGUCCUUCCAUUUUUCCCAACGGGCACUUCUGAGCGGAUGGAGGAUGAAGGAGAUGUUGCAACAGCUUUAACUCUUGCUAGGAUACUGUCAAAUAUUCCAAUUUCAAGGGGAGGGCCUACUAGUCUAGUUAUUUUCGAUAUCCAUGCUUUGCAGGAGAGAUUCUACUUUGGUGAUAAUGUUUUACCUUGCUUUGAUAGUGGGAUACCUUUGCUUAAGAAUAGGCUUCAACGGCUCCCUGAUUCAGACAGUAUAUCCAUUGCUUUUCCUGAUGAUGGUGCAUGGAAACGGUUCCACAACCAGCUGCAGCAUUUCCCUAUGAUUGUUUGUGCCAAAGUUCGGGAUGGUGAUCAAAGGAUUGUACGUCUCAAAGAAGGAGACCCAAGAGGCCGUCAUGUUGUGAUAGUUGAUGAUCUGGUGCAAUCAGGUAGCACUCUCAUUGAGUGCCAGAAAGUGUUGGCAAAACAUGGAGCAGCAAAAAUUAGUGCCUAUGUGACACAUGGGAUUUUUCCCAAUAGGUCAUGGGAACGCUUUGAACAUGAUAAUGGAGGGUCCCCCGAGAAGGGAUUUACGUACUUCUGGAUCACGGACUCGUGUCCUCGAACAGUUCGGGCUGUAAAGGGCAGACCGCCAUUUGAAGUUCUUAGCCUUGCAGCUCCGAUAGCAGCUACCCUUCAAAUUUAGGUAGCAUUUUUUCUUGCAAGGGAUUGACGGCACUUUAGUGACUGGAAGAUCAUGGGUUUAUUCCUUCAGAGCGUUGGAGUUUCAAGAGACGCAUUAGGAAUGGAUUGGCGUUCAUCUUGCUGCUUUAGGUAAUAAAAUCAUGUCGGCUUAUCUGAAAGAUUUUGGCCAUGUUAAGCUUGGAAUCAUUCUGAAGGAUUCAUUUGGAUGCCAAAUUGUCAAUAUUCUGGCAUCUUCAAACUUGGAUACUGAGUCUUUCUUCCUAGUUCCUACUGAACAUGACCUCUUCUAUUCACAAUUUUGUUGUUUGUUUGUUUGUAUUUUUUUUUUUUUUUUGUACAUUUAUUCUAUUUGAUCUCUUCCAAGUACGGAACCAAUGAGUCAAUGACCGUUAGAUUUUUGCCA